GUUCUCGGGGUGAUUUCUAUGUAUGAGGAUUUCCGACUCUACAAGUCUGGUGUCUACGUGCACACAACUGGUGGCCUCGUGGGUGUUCAUAGUCUUAAAAUUAUUGGUUGGGGAGUUGAGUCCGGGCAAGAUUAUUGGUUGGCGGUGAACUCUUGGAAUGAGGAAUCGGGUGAUCAUGGUAUGAUAAAGCUUGCAGUGGGGGAAACUGGUAUAGAGAACAGUAUAUAUUACGUCGAGCCAGUUUAG